AUGUCAUUGAAUCAGCAACGAGAAGUGCAACAGCCUUCAGCUGUUUGUGCAGAAGCAGAGCCCACGGAUAGCAAUUCUGAGACUGUUGUGGCUAGCGGUAGCAAUAUAAAUAAUCCCGCUGGUUCAGAAAACAUUCAUACAACAGCUGAUCAGAGGGUUGUUGACACAUUAGUUGUUAUUAUGCAACAGUUGUCUCUAUUAGCCGAAGGCCAAGCGGAGGUAAAACGAGACUUAUCCGUUAUACAAAAUGAACUCCAAAAUCAAUUAGCCGAAAAUCAAACAGAAUUACAAAAUCAAUUAAGAGCCACCUUUACCAAAUUAGAUCAGAGAUUAAAUACCCAGACACAGGAAAUAAAAGAACAGGCAGAAAGGACCAAACAGAAUCUUAUUGCUCAAAUUGAGCAGGUCCGCCAACAAUGCCAAGAAAACAAUAGUAAAUUAAAAGCGGAACUAACCAAAUAUGUAUCCGCCAAAAUUGACACAAUACAAAAACAAGUAGAACUGUUUCCUCAAGUAAUACGAUCUCAAGAGGACAUACAGUGUUCCGUAGCUAUGAUACCAGAAAUUAUAGAAUCCCAAGAUAAUCUAAAGAAGCAAUUUGACGAAGUGAAGGAAAAACAGGAGACAGUGGAACAUAGAAUGAAUGUACUUGCGGGAAAGUUUUCAGAAAUGACAUUAGAGCGGCAAAAUUUUCCUUCGGAAACCAUAGAAGAAACUGUCAAAGUAGCUUUACAGUCAAUUUCAGAGAGUUCCGAAGAGAAUUUUUUCAACAAAGGGUUAAAGGAAGUUUGUGAACAACUUGGCGAGGAAGUCUCGCGUUGGAAAGAAAAUAUCGAAAGAUCACUAAAUCUCUCGCAGGAGGAUUUAGAAACAGCGAGAAGUAGGAAACAAAAUUCUCAAUCUGCGCGUGAAAUUCCAUCCACGUCAAGACCGAACUGGAACGUCACAAGUUAG